CAGCUGAUGAGUUAGCCAAAGAUGAGUCGGCGGCUGCUGACGGAAAUGGCAGCCAUGAUGAAGUUCACAGUUCAGAUGGUGAAGAAAGGACAAAGGAGGUGAACUGCGGCGCCGAGUCAUCAUCAGCCAGCAGACAAGAAGGUAAGAGGACAUUGUCACGACUCCGCCCGCAGAGUCCCUGGAGCUUCCCCGUGCCGCAGUCCAGAAGAAGGUCUUUGAAUGUGAUGUGUGCAAGAAGAGCUUCAGCCGCCAGCUUCAUCUGAGGAAGCACGCUGACACUCACAAAGAGCCUCUGACCUGCCCCCAGUGUCCGAGAACCUUCCGCAAUGCGUCCACGUUGGAGCGCCACAUGCUGCAGCACGAAGAGAAGAAGCUGCAGACCUUCGCGUGCAACCUCUGCGAGAAGACGUUCAAGAGCAAGGUGCUCCUCAAAUCUCAUGACCUCGUCCACAGAGACGCCCGCCCCUUUAUGUGCGCCACGUGCGGCAAGGCCUUCAAGAGCCGCCAGUGCCUGCAGGCCCACCGCACAGUGCACAGCGCCGACAAGCCGCACAAGUGUGAGGAGUGCGGCGAGAGUUUCCGCUACGCCGUGGCACUGCGCUGCCAUCGGAGCGUCCACACGGGCGAGUACCCUCACAAGUGUGGCGUGUGCGGCAAAGCCUUCACCAAGAAGCGAUCACUGCGCACUCACAUGGCGGUGCACAGGGGCAAAAUGUUCACGUGCGAGACGUGCGGCGCCGGCUUCACGCUGCGGCAGAACCUCAAACGGCACAUGCGCAUUCACACGGGCGAGCGGCCGUUCACAUGUCACGUGUGCGGCGUGAGCUUCGUCCAAGACAAGCUGAAAGCUCACAUGCUGCUCCACGGAGCCUCCAAGUCCUUCAUGUGCGACCUCUGCGGGAAGACCUUCCUCUACAACUGCCAGCUGCAGAAGCACCAGAAGCUGGUCCACCGUGAGGGCGACUUGGCGGGGGAAGGCACGCGAAGGCGAGCUGGGACGCGAGCGAACCGCAGGGUCAUCUUCAGACGGGACAGAACCACGGUGGAGGUGACGCCCUUCACCUGCCAGACCUGCCAGCGAGGCUUCCACUCGGCAACAUCCCUCAAGAAACACGAGCAGGUCCACACGGGCAGCACGCCGUAUAGCUGCCACGUUUGCAGCAAGUCUUUCCUGUACAAGGCCACCUUCGACUACCACCUCAGGACGCACUCGGGGGAGCGGCCCUACGCCUGCGACGUGUGCGGGAAGACCUUCAUCAUCCAGCACGCCCUCAAGUCGCACAAACUGCAGCACACGGGUGAGAAGCCUCACAGGUGCGAGCAGUGCGGGAAGGCGUUCCGGGUCUACACCAACUACUGCCGACAUCUGAGGAUCCACACGGGCGAGAAGCCGUACGAGUGCGAGGUCUGCGGUGUGCGAUUCCGGCAGUUGGGGCAUGUCAAGUUCCACAUGCAGGUGCACACGGGGGAGCGGCCGUACACCUGCGACACUUGCGGGCUCGGCUUCUCCGACUCCAGGCAGCUCAAGAGACACGUGUGUGCGGUAAACACUCUGGUGACAUCAUACACAUGACAUGUGACCCAAUCCCAGCACUGCAAAUAGAAGAAUUGUAUGUAUAAUGAUUACGCUGACAUGCCAAUAAAACAAA